AAUGAAAUAUUUCACCCUCGGAUCGACACUGAACACGGCAGAGAAUGAAUACGAUCUGUGGAUGUGAUUGGCAGACUCUCUGAGUUCAGGUCAAAGUGCAGAGCCGAAAGUCUGAUCCGCUGCAGUAUUUGAGGGUUCUGUGGAGAUGAUGGAGCGGAUCCUGAGCGUCUGUGAGGAGCUGAAAUGCAGCCCGACGUCUCCAACACUGGCUGAACAUCUGGACCAGCGGGACCACCUGAGACACCUGAGAGAACUCUUCAUCAUCCCCAAAACAUCACAGCUGUCCAAGGUGGAUCUCUCACUUGUGGACGGCUCUGAAGACUGUAUUUAUUUUGCUGGGAAUUCACUGGGCCUUCAGCCCAAAAACACCAAACAAUACAUUGAUGAAGAACUGGAGAAAUGGGCCAAAACAGGCGUCCAUGGCCACACGGAGGGGUCGCGACCUUGGGCCUGGGCUGAGGAAACCCUGGAGGAGAUGAUGGCCAAGAUUGUGGGGGCUAAGACUGAAGAAGUGGCUCUGAUGAAUGGACUGACCGUCAAUCUGCACCUUCUGAUGCUCUCCUUCUAUAAACCGACUCCAAAACGCCAUAAGAUUCUCCUGGAGGACAAAGCCUUUCCGUCAGAUCAUUACGCCAUCGAGUCUCAGAUCCGUCUGCGAGGACUGAACGUGUCUGACAGUAUGUUGAUCAUCAAACCCAGACAGGACGAGGACACAAUUCAGACGGAGGACAUCGUUUCUCUGAUCGAGCGGGAGGGAGAAUCCAUCGCUCUGAUCCUGCUCAGCGGCGUACAGUAUUACAGCGGUCAACUCUUCGACAUGGAGACCAUCACUAAAGCGGGACACAACAAGGGGUGUUUUGUGGGGUUUGAUUGUGCGCAUGCUGUAGGAAACGCAGAGCUGCGACUUCACGACUGGAAUGUGGAUUUUGCAUGCUGGUGCACCUACAAGUAUAUGAACUCAGGGGCUGGUGGGCUGGCUGGUGCAUAUAUACAUGAGAGACACGCUCACACUAUCAAACCUGCACUGACGGGCUGGUGGGGACAUGACCUGAAGACCAGAUUCCUCAUGAAUAAUGAAAUGGAUCUUCAGCCGGGUGUUAAUGGAUUCCGUCUGUCCAAUCAGCCAAUCUUACUGGUGUGUCCUUUACAGGCCAGUCUAGAGAUUUUUAAUCAGACCACCAUGAAGGAUCUGAGGAGUAAGUCGGUGCUGCUGACGGGUUAUCUGGAGUUUCUGAUCCGCCAUUAUUACAGCAGAGAUCCAUCAGAUCCGAACAGACCCUCGGUGCACAUCAUCACCCCGUCGGACCCUCAGCAGAGAGGCUGCCAGCUGUCCCUGAGCUUCAGCAGUCCCAUCAGAGCUGUGUUUGAGGAGCUGGAGAAACGAGGAGUCGCGUGUGACAUGCGAGAGCCCAAUGUUCUGCGUGUGGCUCCGGUGCCGCUCUAUAACUCCUUCACAGACGUCCAUCGCUUCAUCACUGUUCUGGGAUCAGCGUUGAGCGCCAGCAGACAAUAAACACUGGCGACCGAUACAUUUCUACUGGUGCUGCAUAGAGUUUGAUGGAGUUUUACUGGCUGCUGCUGUAUAGAGCUCAUUAAAGGGACAGUUCACCCAAAACAAUGAA